CUGGGGCACUGCGGACCAGACCAUGAAGUGGGACUUCCUGACUGAGCCCUUCAAGGGCUCCUUUGUCUCUCCUCUUCGUCCCCUCCCUCACGGGCCUGCAGCCCCACUGACCAUCUGCCAGCCCUUGGCCCCGCCAUGCCCACUACAGCCUAGACGGCUGCUUCUCAGCAGAGGGUCUGUCCUUGACCAGGCCGAAAGGUGACCUCGGGGUCCUGUCCAUCACCACCUUGUAUGUCUGUCAGCAUUUAUCAAUAAUCCCUAGUUACCUUGUUUGCAUUCCUCGAUUAGUUUACCUGCGAACUAGCUGUCUUGCUAGUUAACUUCACGAGAACUGGGGCUGGCUUGCCGGUCCCACUGUGUUCCCAGCUUCCAGAGUGACACUGCACAUAGUAGGCACUCAGUAAAUAUCUGUGAAAGGGUGGAUGAGUGAAUGGGUUGGAGGAAAUCCCUCCCUAUUCAUGUCCAUUCUGAAGAUAAGAAAACUCCCUGCUUCUACCUGAAGGAAAAACCUUCCUCCUCCAAAAACCCUCAGGUGCUAUAGAAGGCUUUAGAAACUAAAGGCAAGGAAGUUUCUUCCAUCUGCCUUUCAUCCUGCAAAAAGCCCUCCACUCAAGGGAAGAAAGGGCCCUGGAGUUAAUUGAGUGGGAGACAGGGGGCAGGUGGGAGAUCGGGAGGGAGGAGAGAAAGGGAAAUUCAGGAGGAUGGAGUCCAGCGUGGAUUGCUCCAAGCUUGCCCACCACGCCCUGACUGCAGGUGUGAUUCCGGGGCCCCUAUGGCUCUGCUGGGUCCGGGUGCAGGCAGGCACAGAGGUGCUGGCGUCAGCUCAAUUCGCAGGCCCUGGACUCCUGUCUAAACAGGACAGGCCCGGGCAACCGCAGGGCAGGGGCGUCUGCCAAUGAUGGGGGAGGACUCUGCUGCUUCUUAAGCUCCAGCGACUCAAGCCAGGGCGAGACAGCCCGCCGGCCGCCGGAUCUCCACCUGCCACCCCAGAGCUGGGACAGCAGCCGGGCUCCGGCACUGGGAGGGAGACCCCGCCGUGGCCUCUUCUGCCACCCACGCCCCCACCCCUGGGAUGGCCGACCAGCUGACAGAGGAGCAGAUCACAGAAUUCAAGGAGGCCUUCUCCCUGUUUGACAAGGACGGGGACGGCUGCAUCACCACCCGCGAGCUGGGCACGGUCAUGCGGUCCCUGGGCCAGAACCCCACGGAGGCCGAGCUGCGGGACAUGAUGAGCGAGAUCGACCGGGACGGCAACGGCACCGUGGACUUCCCCGAGUUCCUGGGCAUGAUGGCCAGGAAGAUGAAGGACACAGACAACGAGGAGGAGAUCCGCGAGGCCUUCCGCGUGUUCGACAAGGACGGCAACGGCUUCGUCAGCGCCGCGGAGCUGCGCCACGUCAUGACCCGGCUGGGGGAGAAGCUGAGCGACGAGGAGGUGGACGAGAUGAUCCGGGCCGCGGACACGGAUGGAGACGGACAGGUGAACUACGAGGAGUUUGUCCGUGUGCUGGUGUCCAAGUGAGGCCGGCGCCCACCAUGCUCCUGGGCGCCCGCUCGGCCCGCAGGGCAAGAACCCGGGGCCUCUAGCCUCCUCCUCCAUCCCCGCUGCCUCCCCAGGGCACGGGGGCGUCUUCCUGGGCCUGGUUGAUUCCGCCCACCUCUCUGCAUCCCACUUCCCGCAUCUCUUCUCUGCUCUCCUGCCCACCUUCCCACCUGCUCAUCUGAAUGACAUGGAACUCUCCCGCUCCAAGCAAACCGUGGAACCCUCCCCACUCGGGGGAAGCAGAGCUGACCUUAGGACCAAGCACCAGGGCAGGUUGCGCUGACUCUGUGGCCAGUCAGGAUGGACACAGGGUGACCCCUUAGAGUCCCCAGGCAAGAUCCCUAACAGGCACCCAAUGCCCAGGCCAGGGCGGCUGCAGCCCUCAGCCCACGCCAGGAUUCCCGGAGGCUCCUGGACUGGAGGCUCCCUCCGCAGUCGGAUUCUGGAGGGUGGGAGGCCUCUUGGCCUGCGGUAAGGGGUGCUGAUGGGGACUAUGGCCACAGAGGUUAGGCCUCCUGAAAACAGCACUGCCUUCCACGCUGCCCCAGCUUGCCCCUUUCCUUGUCGGCCAACCCACCGUGAUUCAUCCUCUGAAGCUGGGAGUGAAACCGGGUCAGCUGUAACCUGUUCCUAUUCAUCUGGAAGGAGGGAGGCUUGGAUGAGCAGGGAAGGGGAGCUGCAGGGAAUUAAACGAGAUAUUCGUUCUUAUUUCA